AUGGCUUCAACUUCAGAACAAGAUGGGGACACUCGCCCAAUCUUCUUUUUUGACAUUGACAACUGUAGGUUUGAUACUCUAUGCGAUGGAUGCGCGACUUCAACUAAAGGAUGUGGUCUAGGUUCACAAAUCCACGAGAAGAUGCAAGAACUGAUUGACAUCUUCUUUGUCAACCAUCUGUCAAUCGACCCGGACGACGCGGUGAUGCUUCAUAAGAAGUACUACAAAGAAUAUGGCCUCGCCAUCGAAGGCCUGACACGGCACCACAAGGUCGACCCUCUGGAGUUUAACCGAAAAGUUGACGAUGCUUUGCCGCUGGAUGAGAUCCUAAAGCCAGACCCAAAAUUAAGGAAGUUGCUCACCGACCUCGACACAACCAAAGUCAAGCCUUGGCUGCUCACAAACGCCUACGUCAACCACGCGAAGAAGGUCGUGAAGCUCCUUGGCGUGGAUGAUCUUUUCGAGGGCAUCACAUUUUGCGACUAUGCUGAACCCAAACUGAUCUGUAAACCCAGCAGGGAGAUGUGGGAAAAGGCAGAGCAACAGGCUGGCGCCAAGGGCGUUGAGAAUUGCUUUUUUGUCGACGACUCGUAUCUGAACUGUAAGCAUGCGGAAGAGCGAGGGUGGCAGACGGCACACCUGGUCGAGCCAAUGAUCAAAUUGCCAGCUAAACCGGCUUGCAAGCACACUAUUCGCAGUCUUGAGGAGCUCCGACAAAUAUUCCCGCAAAGCGAUAUCAUUGGCUGCGGCCCCUGUAUAAGUGGGGCUGCGCGGGUGUCGCGUUGUUCUGCCGGGCUUGGCGCUCCUGAACGGCAAUCGCAAUACAACAAUACAAACCCCGGAGCUUCACCACAACGCAAUCCGCAAGCUCGCGUCUGCAACCUGGUGACCAUGGUCGACAUAUCCCAAGGCCAGGUUGUCAACCUGUUGGACGGCCGGCAAGCCGCAGUACGGUUCAUUGGCCCUACACACUUCGCGGCUGGCGACUGGAUUGGCGUUGAGCUGGACGAGCCCACCGGAAAGAACGACGGCUCAGUCCAGGGCGAGCGCUACUUUGACUGCGAACAUGGAUUCGGAAUGUUUAUCAGGCCCUCGGCCGUUGCUUCGGUCGUGGGCCCUGCUCCUAAGCGAGAAAGUAAACAGGCACCUCGAGCCACAGCUGCGGCCGGUAAACCACAGGGUGCUUCUACCGCGGGAAGUGCAGCAUUGAGACGGACAGGGAGUGCAGCUACAUCUGCUGCUGCAAGACGCCAGAGCACUACUGCAAGCCCGUCUCCGGCUCCAAGAGCACCCCCAAGUCGAGUUCUAAGAUCACCCACCAAGUCCCCGACCAAGCAACUCGGUGCUCCCUCCCGGCCGUCCGUUACGACAACAAAACCUGCUCCGGCAGUGAAGCCUAGAGCUAGUAUCAGCGGGCGUCAAUCCAUGGGCCCGCCUGCUUCAGGCGCAGCUGCUUCGAGAAUGUCCCGGCAAUCCUUGACAGGUGCUCAAACAAAAUUGACAAGGCCCGGUGUGUCUUCAAGUGGCACAGCAGGAAACACGCCGGCUAAACGAGCCUCCAUUCGCCCAACCCUGUCGAAGACAACCAUAGAAGAGAGUUCAAGCAGAACAAGUGCUACGUCUGAACCUAGUACACAGAAUGAAUCACCGCUUGAAAUGGCGCAAGAAUCCCCUGAUGAGGACGCCGCCCCUUCGGAGGCAGUCAAACCAGAUCCUCCGCGGACGACAUCGACGCGAGUUGUUUCGACUUCGAGGGGCACGCCCCAGAAUGCUGCCACCUCCAGGGAACUCGAGGACAUGAAAACAAAGCUCAAGGUGUUGGAGAAAAAGAGAACCGAGGAUAGGGAAAGGUUGAAGGACCUUGAGCGGCUACAGUCCGAGAGGGACAAAUACGAGGGUAUCAUCCAAAAGCUGCAGGCAAAAUAUCAACCGCAACAGGUUGAAUUGACAGAGCUCAAGAAGAAAAUCCGCGAGACCGAAGCUCAACUUGAAGAAGCCGAAAGACAGCAGGCCGAGCAUGAAUCAAUUCUAGAAAUGGCCACCCUCGAUCGUGAGAUGGCUGAAGAGACUGCCGAGGCCUUUAAACUCGAAUGCCAAGAUCUUAAAAUAAAGCUGGAGGAAUUUCAACUCGAAGUGGAGGUUUUGCGUGAUGAGAAUGAAGAAUAUGGUUCGGUCAUGAGCCCGGAGGACAAGUCAAGCCAGGGGUGGUUGCAAAUGGAGAAGACCAACGAGCGGCUGCGUGAAGCUUUGAUUCGACUGCGGGAUAUGACACAACAAACAGAAACAGAGCUCCGGGACCAAAUCAAAGAAUUGGAGGAUGAUCUGGAGGAAUAUGCAACAGUGAAAUCUCAGUACGAAGAGACCAAGGAAAAACUGUUGACUUCGGAAUCCAAUGUGGAUGAUCUCAAACAACAACUGGACACCGCUCUUGGUGCCGAAGAAAUGAUUGAGGAGUUGGCGGACAAGAAUAUGCAGCAGCAGGAGCAGAUCAAUGACCUAAAAGCGGCUAUUGAAGACCUCGAAAGUUUACAAGAAAUCAACGAUGAGCUCGAACUUAACCACAUUGAAACCGAAAAGCAACUGCAAGAGGAGCUUGACUACAGGGAGUCGGUCUUCAAUGAGCAAACUCGCAAGGUUUCCCAGCAAGAUGAAGUUAUUGAAGAUUUGGAAUACACAUUGUCUCGAUUCCGAGAACUUGUCUCCAACCUGCAGACUGACCUUGAAGAUAUGCGCACCUCCCAACAGUUGACGGAAACAGAAGCCAAUGAACUUUCUACAAGAUCUAGAGCCAUGAUGGACCUUAAUCUCAAGCUUCAAGCUUCUGUGGAAAAAGCCCAGACCAAAACAAUUGAUAUUGAACUGGCCCGCAUGGAGGCGGAAGAAUCUACGCAGCAUCUCUCAAUAGUACAGCUUUAUCUUCCGCAAUAUUUUGAAACCGAAAAGAAUUCCGUCCAAGCUGUAUUGCGUGCAAAGCGCGUUGGUUUUAAAGCGUCUUUGAUUUCCAACACCGUUCGUGAACGCCUUGCCGACCAGGCCCACUUCCCUGGUACUCUAGAGAGUGCCUUCACAUCGUAUGAGGUGAUCGAGAAGACCAUAUGGAUAUCGUCUGUUUGUAAUAGAUUUACAAAAUUUGUCACCUCAUGUUCUCCUGAACAAUUCACUAGCUUUGAGCGCGCUUUGUUUGAGUUGGAACCAGUGGAACGAACACUAAAUAACUGGAUCGAAAGUUUGAAGAGGAACGAAUUUAAUGAAAAGAAAUGCGCCAUGGAACUACAAAGAUCAAUCGCGCUGAUGACUCAUCUUGCUGAAACGCUCAUUCCAGCAGAGCUCGCGGCAUAUGCGGAUGAAACCCACACGCGUUCUGUGAUGACGCAAACAUAUAUUGACCACACCGCUCUAGCAUUGACUCGCCUUAGGACGUUAUUGCAAGGAAAGGUACCAGCACCAGCCGAAGACGAUGAAGAGGGACUGUUUUUCUUCAACAAGUCGGAAGCUUUGGUGGGACAGACCCGCGGACUGAAAGUUGUUAUUACGAAAGUGAUUCGUUCACUAGAGGAACUCAAUUCUAGAUCCCUUGCUCUGUCAGAGGGGACCGCUGCAGGGUUUGAGUUUGCAGAAACGACGGCCAAAGAGCUGGCAGAGCUUGUUCGACAGAUGGGCGAGAACGUAGCGAUCUUGCUCGGAGAAGAGGGCCGUGUAGAGCCAUUUACGUAUGAUGAAAUCUUGGCCAAUAUGUCGAAAACCGCCGUUUCAAUCGAUCAAACGUCUGCUCCCGAGAGUGAAGACAGUAGUGCUCUCUCUCUACUCACCACAAAACUGAAGGUUUUGUCUGGUUACUUGGACGAAAUGAGUGCCCAUGCUUCUGACUUGGCGCAUACGGCCGAAUUCGAACGAGGAAAACACCCUUGGAUUGCCCGUUCAGAGGAGUUAAAAUCUCAUAAAGUGACAUCGCCUGACGCGGAUGAGGAGAUUCGUCGAUUGAAAAAUGAGCUUAGUGAAGCAUCCACUGGACUAGGCGUCAAAGACAAGACUCUGGAGGAGCAAUCGAUGAAAGUCGAACUUCUCGAGUCCAGAAUGCGUGAGGCUUCUAAGAAAGCCUCUGCUGCUAAGGAGCUGGAAACGCAAUUUGAACAAAUGCAAGAGAAGGAAACAGAACUACAGACAUCGGUUGAGAAGCUUACCAAGGACUUGCAAUCGGCACAGUCCGAGCGCGAUGACUUUAAGCAACGGUUCGAGCGCGCCAAGAGAGCCUCUGGAACAGCUGCUGCCAUCACAGCAGAAGGCGUUGUUGUCGACACAGAAGCUACGUUGGCUGCCAUGCGCGAGAAUGAAGCUCUCCGCUCAGAGAUCAAGAGCCUCCAAUCAUCUGUUCGCUUUUUACGAGAAGAAAAUCGCCGCGCCAACCUCCUCGAUCCCUACUCUAUCCAAAGAUCGACGAACUUGUAUUCAUGGCUGGAUGCGCCACUUACUCAGGGUAAACAGUCUGUUCAGGAAGAAGCGAAAUAUGCUCUCGCUGCGGAAAGCCGCGAUGUUCUCAACAAUUUGCUCAAACUGACUAAAGAAACCCCCGUUACCGACCUUGCCUCCACUGUUCCAGCCAACACAAAACGCUCUACGUGGCGUCCGGCUAAAUCCACAUACCGAUACAAAGUACUCCAGAACCGGGAACGUUAUGAGCAAUGGAGUGAAUGGAAGGACGAUGUCGCGACGCGGAAGAAAGAAGAAGAGAGGAUACUGGCUGCAAAAGAGGAGCGGGCAUUGCGCGAGCAACAAGCUAGAAAUAACCCUCGCCGUGGCGCCGGGCAUGUGAAAACACCAUCCGCCGGCUACGGUAUGAUGGGGAGGGCAUGGGCCAUUUUGGGAAUGCAGAACGAAAUCGAUCCCAAAGACGGCGGUGGCAAGGGGAGAGUGGAAAUUGUUGAGUCUGAUGUUUAG